AUGUCAAUUUCAACUAUCAGACGCCAAGUGAAAAAUGUCGCUUAUAAUUUCUCGGACGCACAAGUUAAAGUUCGAGAAGCUACCAGUAAUGAUCCUUGGGGACCCUCUACGGCGCUAAUGUCCGAAAUCGCAGAUUUAACGCAUAAUCCAAUGUCAUUUACUGAGAUUAUGUCAAUGCUUUGGAAAAGAUUAAAUGAUCAUGGUAAGAAUUGGAGGCAUGUGUACAAAAGUCUUGUUCUUUUGGAUUAUUUAAUAAAGUGUGGCAGUGAGAAAGUGGCUCAACAGUGUCGAGAAAAUAUCUACUCGAUUGAGACACUAAAAGAUUUCCAAUAUAUUGAAGACAAUAGAGACCAGGGUAUGAAUGUACGAGAGAAAGCAAAACAAAUGGUUAGUCUGCUGUAUGACGAAGAACGACUUAAAAAUGAACGAACCAAGUUCAUGAUGACUAGGAAGAAGUUCAUGUGUGGUUCCGGUAUCUCUUCAGAUGGUUCUAUACGACAUAUGCGUAAAAGCGAUAUUGGUGCUGCCUUUGAAUCAGAACUGGAAGAUGCACGACCGGCAAGUGCUGGUGAAGAAGAAAUGCAGUUACAGAUUGCGCUUGUAUUGUCACGGGAAGAAAAUGAGAAAGAAGAGGAACUGAGGAAAAAGGAUGACAUUGGGUUACAGAUGGCAUUAAAUGAAAGUCGUCGUGAAAUCGCACGGAUGAAUUCCAUGGAUGCUGCUGGUCAAAACACAGUGCCAAGUUCAACUCUUUCGCAAAGUGCGAUCGAUGACUUGUUGUCACUGGGAGUGGGACAACCUGCUGAACAGACAACUCCAAAUCCAUGGGGUGGACCAGUUGCUGAUCCAUGGGCACCGGCCUCUGAUAUUACUCCUGCAGCAAUCGUUGGAUCAUCGCUAUAUUCAAACAUCCAAACGACUAUUAAUGACCCGUGGAUGUUAGCACCUCCAACAACCGGAGUAACAACAAACUCUGUUGACCCAUGGGCUACUCUGCCUUCCCUAACCAGUCAAGCUGCGGUUCCUAGUUCUGAGGAGAAUUCUUCUAAACAAAGAAGCAACACAAAAACACCCGAGAGUUUUCUCGGUGAAAAUUCAUCCCUUGUAAAUUUAGACAAUCUACUUGGGACAACAAAUAGCAACGCAAAACCAGCCAGCAAUCCAUUUCUUUCUGGUACUGGCGCAACGGUACCAGUAAAUCCAUUUAUCGCUCAACAGCGCCCAUCACCAUCGCUUAAUGAAAUGAUGAGUCAAAGCCGCAUACCGUCAACAGGAAAUUUCGCCCAGUCAGCUGUGCAGCCACCACUGAUGCCAGUCCCUACGUCGGUGCCAACCCAAUCUACCAAUCCAUUCUGCUAA